ACUCUUAUCUUCUCUAUCAUUCGUAAAAUCAAAAUCAUGUCUGCAACAUAUUGGAAUUUGUUAACAUUGGUAAGCACUUUUAUAAAGUACUUGUGUGUGCUUUUGUAUAUGCGGUAGUGAGUUCAAAACAUACCAAUGAUGUUGGACGAAGAAUUAUUUCACAAAAUUAAAAAUAAAAGUGAUUUCAAUUUAUGGGUAAUUGAACCUACUUUAAUAGGAUGGAUAGCGUAUGGGGCCGUUAUUCCCAUAAUUUGUUUAUUUGGUGCCAUUGGAAAUUUCAUAUCGGUGCUUAUGUUACAUAAAAUGACACAAAUUAAAGAUUCAUUUUUUGUUUAUUUAAAAUAUUUAGCUCUAGUUAAUUUUGGGAGCUGUAUAACACAAGCAACGAGUGCCUUAUCAAACGUAAUAUUUUGGGACUUCAAAAUUGUAAUUAAUAUUGACUGCUUCAUUUGUCUACCACUCAAUAACAUGCUUACCUAUUUGGGAACUGCUAUAUCACUCACCUUUAUUAUUGAUCGGUACUUAUUAAUGCGUCGAGUGGUUCGCUUGACGAAGCCUAAGUUUUGCGAAAGUAAAGUUGCCACUAAUAUAUGUCUAACUUUAGCAACCAUAAUUUUUAUAUGCAGUAUUCCCUUCUAUUUUAUUUACGAAUUGGAUGAGAAUAACAUUAUUAAAGCGUCUAAAUUUUUUAAAUCCAAGACGUACACUGUGUAUAUAUGGUUUAUGUUUAUAACAUUUAGUGUUCAACCGGCAAUGCUUCUUACUGUAGGAAUUACACUUCUUACCAUUUCUUUAAAAAAAAUUAUGCAAAUGAAAAGCAAAUGUUGCCAAAGAAUGUCAAAAGAAAGCCUAAAUAAACAGGAACAACACAAAAAGCUUGUUAUAUCACUAAUUACCAUAGUGUUUCUCUUUAUGAUUGGAGUAGUGCCAUCACAAGCAGUUUCCAGAUAUAUGGCAACAAACCUUAUAUUUUUCGGUGACAUCGAAAUGGCGAAAAGAUCAAAACCAUUAGAAUUGCUCAGAAUACUAACUUCAAUUUUAUGUGCCAUAAAUGUUUCGUCAAAUUUUCCUCUUUUUUGCAGAUUUUGUCCUCAAUUUGCAGAAAUAGUAAAGUAUAAAGUGGAAAGAUACAAAAAAUGGCCGCGCAGCCGAAAGAGACAGUGUGGAAAUAGUAAAUGUUUAGAAGAAGGAUUUUGUAAUUGUACUUUUCUUGUUCAAUCUUUAAGCAGUGUUUUAGUUGCAAACACUGUAAAAACUUCUUUUUCAGUUGUUAGACUAACUCCAAUUUUCUCUGAAUCUUAAAGUAAUUAAUGAAUGUUGAUCGUAAUUGUAGCUAAACAAUAUUUUUCAACAAAACAGAUAUUUUUAUGUAGAUUUAAAAAAUACAGACAUUAUUCUAAUAUCACUUUCUAUUGGCGAAUGAUGUUUUAUAUUUUCUUGGUAAAAUGUAACGAGCAAUGUGGAAACAGUAUUAGUGUAAACUUAAGUUUUUAUGCAAAGCUGCAGCUAAGAUGGAAAUUGCUGAACAUUUAUCAAUGACAAAUUUAUUCAUAUAUUCAACAUCGUAAUAUCAAUAUUAACAUUGCAAUUUUAUAAUGUCUUUUAUACGCAGUUCCUAUGUUUUUUCUGCUAACCGAAAUGAAUUGUUAAGUACAUAAUGUAUUUUGUGUUAUUUAAAAAUUAAACUAUUUUGAAGUGGAUGAUAUGUCUUGUUGAAAAAAUGGCUAAUAUUGUUAUUAAAAUUUAUUUCUUACCAAAAAGGAAAUUAAAUCACACUU